AUGCGUCAUUUCUUAUGGUUUGCUUAUUCAUUACCAUGUUUUGCACUAUUUUCUUGUGUUGGUUUAUCUCUCUUAAAAGAUUUCGAAAAAUCAACUCGUACACAUUGUAAUGUAUUUAAUUUUCUUCCAUCUAUAUCAGCAUCAAUUGGGGAUUGUGAACCUCAACGUUACAUUUGGCGUUUGUGUUUUGCCUUAGAUAGUAUUCCUCGUUAUUUAAUUGGUUAUUUACAAUUCAGACGUUUAUUAAAUCGUCAUCAUAUGCUUUUACCAGAACUUUAUCCUUUAGUUCAAAUAACAAAUAGUUUAAUACAUUUUCUUGAAUUAACAUUUCUUCUUUUAUUAACAUAUAUUUCAUCAAAUGAAAUAAAAUGGAUACAUGAAAGUUCAUUUGUUGGCUUUAUGAUUUGUUCAUUAUUACAUAUGCUUCUUACUGUAUUAAUUGAUUAUUUUUGGCCACGAACAAAAAAUUUUCGUUUAAGUGAUCAAGAAAGUCAAACACGUGCAAAACGAUUAAAAUGGUUUAUUAUUAAUAUCGGAUCUUUUUUUAUUUCACUCUAUUUUUAUUUUCGACAUAAUGAAAUGUGUGAACCAAAUAUAUAUUCAAUGUAUUGUCUUUUUGAAUAUUUUGUUGUAUUAACAAAUAUUGCUUAUCAUUCUGUUGUUAUGGAUGAAUGGGAUCAACAAGCAGGACAAAUACAAUUUUUUUAUUAA